CUUCUCACCAGGACGAGGAGGAGGAGAACGACACGGAGGAUUUUUUGCAGACUCCGCCAGGCGCCCAGCUCAAGGAUGAGUUAGAAGCGUGCAUCUAACCAGGGAGACAGACAGAAGACACACUUGUUCUCACGCUGAAAUUGUGUGUAUGCGCAACCGGUUGAGUGCAAUAGAAAACAAGCUUGGACCAAAUCAGUCCGUCGAAUAUGAGGGACAAGAGAUCAAUCGAGCCCCUGCUGCUGCUGCUCCUGCUGCUGCUCGCCAGGCUGUCACAGCUGUGGGCCUUCCCCUUCAGUCCUUCCCUGGACCUGGACGUCACCCCGAGGACCACUGUGUUCUCCAAAGGUCUGCUGGGCAGCGAGCGUUUCACAGGUUCCUCUCAGAACUAUAGCACCCUGCUGCUGGAGGAGGAGGCGGGCCUGCUGUACGUGGGAGGCAGAGGAGCUUUGUACGCGCUCAACACCUCCGACAUCUCCACCCCUGGAAACCUCUCCAUUGAUUGGGAAGCCUCCCCUGAACAGAAGAGGCAGUGUCUAAACAAAGGCAGAGACAAUCAGACAGAGUGUUACAAUCACAUCCGCUUCCUGCAGCGGUACAAUGAGUCUCACCUGUACGUCUGUGGAACCCACGCCUUCAGGCCUCUCUGUGCUUACAUAGAUGCAGAGCAGUUCAGCUUCUCCUCAGGCUUCGAGGAGGGCAGAGACAGGUGUCCAUAUGACCCGGCCAAGGGGUACACUGGCCUCCUCGUUGAUGGCGAGAUGUUCACGGCCUCGCAGUACGAGUUCCGCAGCUCCCCAGAUGUGCGCCGGAACUUCCCCUUCCCCACGCUCAGAACAGAGGAGGCUCCCACCAGGUGGCUUCUGGAGGCUGACUUUGUGGGCUCUGUGCUGCUGAAGGAGAGCGUCAACAGCUCCAUCGGUGAUGAUGACAAGAUCUACUUCUUCUUCACGGAAAGGAGCCAGGAGCAGAUGGCCUACCCCAGCCAGACCAAAGUGUCCAGAGUAGCCAGAGUCUGCAAGGGCGACUGGGGUGGCCAGAGGACGCUGCAGCGCAAGUGGACCACCUUCCUCAAGGCUAGGAUGGUGUGCUCCGUCCCAGACUACGAGCUCCACCUCAACAUACUACGCAGCGUGUUUGUCCUGCAGGGGCGGGAGUCACACAGCAGCAUCUUCUAUGGCGUUUUUGGCCUGGAGUGGAAGAAUAUCAAAGCGUCCGCUAUCUGCCAGUACUCCUUCUCAGAGAUACAGAAGGCAUUUGAGGGCCCAUACAUGGAGGUGCAGGACUCAAAGUGGAGAGAAUAUACAGGGAAGGUUCCAGAGCCGAGACCUGGAUCGUGUAUGACAGAUGCGCACAGGUCCCAGAACAUCAACUCAUCCCGGGACCUCCCAGACAAUGUGCUCACCUUCGCCCGGAGGCACCCACUGAUGGCCAGCCAGAUACACCCAAUAGGGGCUCGCCCACUCAUGUUCAAGAGGAGCGUCAACUACGUCAAGAUAGCAGUGCACAAGGUGCCAGCACUGGACGAAAACAUUUACACUGUGCUGUUUUUGGGAACUGAUGAUGGCUGGCUGCACAGAGCUGUAGAGAUUGAUGGGGAAAUGCAUAUCAUAGAGGAGCUGCAGUUGUUUGAUAAACCUCAACCUAUAGAAAGCAUGGUCGUGUCUGCAGCUCUGCGGAAGAUCUAUGUGGGUUCCCACUCUGGGGUUGUCCAGGUGCCUAUGUCAGCCUGUCAGAGGUACACUUCCUGUUACGACUGCAUUUUCUCCAGGGAUCCCUUCUGUGCGUGGGACGGGAGGGUGUGCGCGGAAAUUUCCUCACGUCCACAAAGGUCAACCCUCACCCAGGAUAUACAGAGAGGGAGCCGGGGCUGUGAGAACACCACAGGAAACGUGAUCCACCGUAGGCGUUCUGUGAUGGCAGGGGAUGAUGUGCUCCUCCAGUGUGAACUGCGCUCCAACCUGGCUGCCCCACGCUGGACAGUAAAUGGGCGAGAACUCCAGGGUUAUGGCCUCAAUUCAGGUUACCGAAUUGGGACAGAUGGUCUCCUCAUCAUCGGGGCGCGUCCCCAGCAGAGUGGAUCGUACCGCUGCUUUGCCGUUGAGAACGCCGUCUGGGUGCCAGUUCAUCUGUACACAGUCAGGGUGCACACAGACCCAUCCUUCCCGUUGGAGCCCACCGCCACGACGAACCCCACUACAGUUUCCAGCCCAACCGUUUUCUCCACCAACAGCCCCACUGAGCAGCCCCUGCCCUCGCCUCCCGUCCCGCCGCCUCCAGAGCCGGAGUUCCAGACUUACAGGCACAUGGAGGCCAUGUACAUCUCCCUGGUGGCCGUCCUGGGAGGGCUGUGUCUCGUUUUGACUGUGGUGCUGCUCUAUGUGAGCUUCUGCACUAGACGAUCCUCUCGAAACCGCAAAUUCUCCCAACAGGGGCUGCAGGUCCUGGGAGCCUCCGAGAGGAAAAGGAGCUCCCAUUUUGAGCUUAAGACCAUCUCCAGCCACUGUAAUGGCCGCCAGGGACGCAGAUCCAUCUCGGUGCCCAACAUGGAGGACCUAGGGGACGGCUUCCUCCAGAUAGUUCCAGGGGAGGGCCACUUGUCACCCAGUAAGACGCCACCGCCAGCGCCUCCUCUUCCCAUGCCCCCGCCGCUGCCCAACAUGGACUAUGCCAACGGGCUGUCGGCCACCUUGCCCAGCGUACUGCGCAAGAUGAAUGGGAACAGCUACGUGCUGCUGAGGCAGGCCGACGGCGAAGGCACCUCGCCACUCUAUCACUCCUUCACCGAGGAGCUCAACAGGAUCCUGGAGAAAAGGAAACACACACAGCUGGACCUCCAGCCCGAUGAGAGCUCCAUCUAGAACCCCCCCUCCCUCCCUGUCUCCCAGUUAUUUAUUUUUACCCCAACGGUGACCCAUAAGCAGUGGGGAGGACUAACUGUUGUAUCAAAAGCUGCUGUUAUUUACCCAGUGUCAGAGUACCUGUGGGAUGUGUCCUAACCUGAUCUGAAAUGUGCAGCCUCUUGUGAUUCCCAUGCCCAUGAAUUUCACUAAUUAAUGGACAGUGCCAGUCGCGGACCACCAUUCACAAAAUGGAGCUGUGUAAAAUUUUGACACCCUUACAGUAUCACAAUUAAGACAGGUAGAGAGCUUAAUGAUCCUACCUCAGUGUCCCUGGAAGUUAAAGAAGGACAGAAAAGUAAAGGUACAAUGUGAGACAUGGGCAAGAAACCAAGGCUAAUCAAAGUGUAGGAGCUGAUCAAGAGAGCGUGGAGGUUUUCAGAGUUAGUGCCAAAUAAUAUUAGCUCUGCCGGGAGCUCAAGACGUUGGCUGUGUCACCGUGCAUAAGCCAGAGCGCAGGUGGUUACCUCUCAAACUUCAUUCAAACCGCUCUCUCCUCAUUUUCCUUUGUUCUCAUGUAAAUAGCAAUAAUAACAUCACAGUUGCAGCCAUUAGUAGCAAUGUGUUGUGCCAAUGCCAAUGGAAAUAAGUGUAGCAAACCCGAGACGGGGUGUGAUUUUCUUUUCUAGUCUGUUUCUGUUAUUAGGAUAUGUGUGAGAAAACUGAGUUAAAGGCACGGAGGUAUAGCCCAAUAGUCAAAUGAAGACCAUUAAAGGAGCAGCCAGUUUGUGGUCAGAUUGACUGGAGGAUACACCGGGACCUGGGUGGAGAAGAGGGAACCACAACACACACUGGGAAACAAAGAGAUGGAGGGGCCCAGAUCAAGUGGAUGAAACCUUUGUGGACAAAUAUUAACAUGGUGAAAGCUGUGACUACUGCUGCUGCUUCAUUCUCACUGAAGGACAAUCUGUUUACAAUGGACGUUGAAACUGGGCGCCGUUACGUGUGUUGAACUCUGGACUUUGAGUAAGACGGCGAACAUGUUGGCUACAAGCCCCACCCUCAUCUUAUUUCUGUACACAAACCCAUGGUGAAGCACUUGUUUUUUGCAAGUCACACAGCACUGCUCACACACUGGUUUGCUCUUAUGCAAGACAUAGUUUGUGUAGAUAAACUCCAGGAGUUGGCCAAAGAGACUGAAGAAAGCUCACGAUUUGCACUAUUCUUACCUGAGUACUUUGUUAAAAAAAAAAAAAACUUG